UGAAAAUAACCUACGGUAAAACAACAACAAAAAAUAGUUUUUAAAAAUUUUCGACAGCUUACUUACUAUUGGCCAAAUCAUCUAAUUUGAACAUUAAUGAUUUUACUAACUAAGUUGUAAAUUGUAUUGUAUUGUACGUUGAAAGAUCAACACUUGUUUCAUUUCGAUCAGAUAUCAUAUUGCUGUUAAGUUCCUUCAUAUAAAAAUGUUAUCCAAUGCUCCUCAUCAGCCCAGUAGUGGUGGACGUAAAACAAUUGAUAUUUGUGAUUUAGUUCUUGAUUAUAUAACACAAUUUCCAUUUGCUAAAGAUGUGAGAUCACGUAUUAAUUUAGAUGAGAUUCAUUCAAGUGAUAUUGAUUUUUCACGUUUACAUAUUACACAUAAACAAACAGAAUAUCUUUCAUCAUCCAAUAUGAUUAUUAAUGGUGCUGUUGUACAACAACACACUGGAUCAGUGUUAACAAUGAAAAAAAAUCUUAAAAGUCAUGUAUUAUUCUCAUCAUUAUUUACAAAUAACACUAGUGAAACACAAACAAAUCAUUUAAGAACUGAACGUCGAACAAGUUCAUCAUGUCGAAUUAGUUUACAAAAAGUUGUUACUAAAGGUGGAAAUAUUAAUUUACAAAUUGGACCACCAAGUAUGUCAGUUCAAGCAAAUGGUGGUUUUCGACGUGAAUUAACUAUGUCGAAAGAUUUAGAAGAAGUAUUUGAAGAGGAAUUAAUUUGGACAUUAGAUACUGAAAUAGUUGUACCUCCAGGAUAUCGUACACGUGCUGAACUAGUGAUUACAGAAGAUGAAUACAAUGGGAAAUUUCAAGUUGAAACAAUAUUUGAAGGUUCAAUCUCUGUGAAAUUACGUGAUAAAAAAGAUGGAUCUAUUGUUUCAGUUGUAGUAAUCAAUGAUUUGAAUAAAUUGUUAACGCCUAAAAAUGGAUUUCAUCCAAUACCCAAUACUACUAGUGCUGUUAGUUUUGUAAAUGAAGGUUCAUGUCAUUGUCAUUAUGGUAUUGGACAACGUGUGGAAUUACAAGAGGAAAAAAUUUAAAUUAACUUUAUACUACUAUUAAUCAAUAUCAGUAAUAUUUUAAGAAAAAACAACAUUUCUUUUUUAAAUAUAUGCAACUUUAAAUAUUUUUUUU